AAAUCGUUGUAGAUAAUGAAUCCUAAAACCCUGUCCCUCAUCUCCUUCACUCCACUCCAUGUUCCCACCAUUUUCAAAACCCACAAAUCUUUCAAUCCGGGUCGGGUCAUAGUCAUUUGCAAGUCAGAUAAUCCACAAAAUCAAUCAAACUAUGAAACCCAGUUAGCUAUACCCGAAUCACAGGGAACUGGAGCAGCUGCCCCCACCCGAGGAGAUAUAUUUCUUGAAAGACAACAACUUUUGGCUGCUGCUGCUGCAGCUUCAAAUUUGGUAUUUGAAGAAAAAAAGAAGAAGAAAAAGAAAGAAAAGAUCAAUAAUAGUAAUAAUGGGUCAAUUGCUAAAGGGAUAGUAAGUUGUUAUGGGUGUGGAGCUCCUUUGCAAAUUUUGGAAAUGGAUGCUCCGGGUUAUGUUGACCCGGAUACUUAUCAGCUGAAGAAGAAACACCGUCAGCUUAAAACAGUUCUUUGUGGUAGGUGUCGCCUGUUAUCUCAUGGACACAUGGUCACUGCUGUAGGCGGCAAUGGUGGUUAUGCGGGCGGAAAGCAAUUUGUUACUGCAGAGGAACUUAGAGAAAAGUUAACUCACUUGCGCCAUGAGAAAGCUUUAGUUGUAAAAUUGGUUGAUAUAGUGGAUUUCAAUGGCAGCUUUUUGGCUCAUGUACGUGAUCUUGCUGGUGCAAAUCCGAUCAUACUAGUUGUGACUAAGGUUGAUCUUCUUCCAAAAGGGACGGAUUUCAAUUGUGUUGGCGAUUGGGUUGUUGAAGCCACCAUGAGAAAGAAGCUUAAUGUAUUAAGCGUCCAUCUGACAAGUUCAAAGUCACUGGUUGGAAUUGCCGGAGUUGUGUCUGAAAUUCAGAAGGAGAAGAAGGGGCGUGACGUAUAUAUUCUGGGAGCGGCUAAUGUCGGGAAAUCUGCAUUUAUUAAUGCGCUAUUGAAGAUGCUUUCGUAUAAAGAUCCUGUUGCUGCAAUGGCAAGAAAAUACAAACCGAUACAAUCUGCUGUUCCUGGAACUACAGUUGGCCCGAUUCAAAUUAAUGCUUUCCUUGGAGGAGGGAAAGUAUAUGACACACCGGGAGUUCAUCUUCAUCAUAGGCAAGCUGCGGUGAUUCAUUCACAAGAUUUACCUGCCCUUGCUCCACGAAGUCGGCUCAGGGGUCAAUCAUUUACGUGGCAGAUAGUUUUGGAUCAAUGGGUAAGUGAGAAAAUGGAGUUUAAUGACUUAACAGGUUUUUCCAUAUUCUGGGGUGGUCUCGUUCGAGUUGAUGUUUUAAAGGGUCUUCCCGAAACGUGUUUGACAUUUUAUGGACCCAAGGCGUUAAAGCUUCAUAUUAUGCCCACGAAGAAAGCAGAUGAAUUUUACAAGAAAGAAGUAGGAGUUCUGUUAACACCUCCAAGUGGAGAACAAGUAGCAGAGUGGACAGGACUUGAGACUAUUCGCCAAUUACAAUUAAGAGUCGGCGAUGCAAAAAGACCUGCUUGUGAUGUGGCCAUCUCGGGUCUUGGGUGGAUAACGGUCGAACCAGUUGGCCUAAACCUCAAAGAACCUGAUUCAAAUUUUGUAGAAGCCAUGGAGAUUGCAUUAGAUGUCCAUGUUCCUAAGCCGGUUGAGAUUUUUGUUCGACCUCCACUUCCAGUGGGAAAGGUUGGUGGAGAAUGGUAUCAGUAUCGAGAUUUGACCGAGAAAGAAGAAGAAACCAGACCUAAAUGGUACUUUUGAGAUCUCUAUGCCUCUAGAAAGAGGCAUUGAGAACCUUUCUUUUUUUUUCCCCCUCUAUAGAAGUAGGAAUGUAACGUAUAAUAGGUCUGGGAUGCAAGCUGUUUUUUGUCUCCAUUUUGUAUUGUAAAUGAGAUCUCCUAACAAAAUGAUGAUCUGAAGUCCUUGUGUGUGUGUUUCAUAUGCAAAAGAUCGUUGUUACA